GUCGAAACACUGUGCUUAAUGCUCAACAAUGCACGUUUACUUUCUAUCUUACAAAUCGUAGCUUGGUCUAGCCCACUAAAGGUGCGCCCUUCAUGCGUGCAAGCACUCGCCUCAGUCAGUCUGCCUGCGCUUAUGAUUGGCCCAGCUUGGUCACCUCGGCCAGAAUCAGGCCAUGACGCCAUUCCACUAUUACAAAGCAGACCAUUGCUCAAUGCCUGAGUGCACGUACUUAAUCGCGGGCUUCACUAGUUGGAGGCAUUAGAAGAGAGCCAGACGCCCCAAAAAUGACGACAGCCAACUUCAUUCAUAUCGACACAAACUCCUACACAGGAAAGCCAUGGUCGAAGGUUGACGGGCCUGGCCAGAGCUUCGAACACAAGAGCCAUUCGCGACCAGUUCACAACCUGCGCGGAAGAGAACACGAAUUCAACACCGACAACUCUGGAUUCGCCGUCUACGAUUAUGCUGCAAAGGAGAAGUCCUUCACAGACGACGCCGCCGUAAGGAACGGCUACUACGUGGAAGUUGAGCAGCUGCUCCGCGACAAGAUUCCCGGCAUCAAGAAGGUCCAUAUCUUUGAUCACACAAUUCGUCGGCGAGUCAAGGACUCUGCACGCCAGCCAGUACAGCAGGUCCAUGUUGAUCAAACCCCAGCAGCAGCCGAAGCCAGAGUUCGCCGACAUAUUCCCCACGAAGAGGCAGAUAAGCUUGUCAAGGGCCGCUACCAAAUUAUCAACGUAUGGAGGCCGAUCGAAAGCCCUGCGGCAGACCAUCCUCUUGCUGUCAUUGAUUGGCGAACAACCUCUCCACUGGACUUUAUCGCUACCGAUCUGAUGUACCCUCGACGUGAUUCUCAAGACGCUGAUGAUGAUGACCGCGGCAAAGAGGUCCUCCCUGAUCCAAGCAAGUACAAUUCGGCCGAGGGUUACGAGGUGAAGGGGGAGACCAUGGGUGUAGCGCCCAACGACAACCAUCGAUUUUACUACCAGAAGGACAUGACUCCUGACGAGGUCCUACUAUUGAAAUGCUUCGACUCUUACGGUGAAGGUAUGCCCAACGGGAAGAAGGGUAUUUCUGUACGCACCCCACACACUGCCUUCGACGACCCUCAGACACCGAAGGAUGCUCCAGGCAGGCAGAGUAUCGAAGUCAGAUGUUUGGUUUUCUACGAGUAAUGCAGUAUUGUCAGCACUAGAUAUAUCCUAAUGCCGAUUUCUUCAUUUUCA